AAUACGUACAAAUUCAUCCGCUGAGGGAAGGCGAGGUGCUGCUAGCAGGACGCGGAAUGCAGCCCGGCUGCAGCGGGUGCUGAGAGCGGCGCCCGCCGGAGGAGGGAGCGGCUCUGUCAGCAGCCUCUUCUUUCCGUGGCGGCGGCUCGGGGCUGUCUCUCGCCCUCUUCGCCGUGGCCAGCCGCUUCAAACUUUCAGCCUGUUUCCGCCGCCAGGCAAAGCCCAGCUCGACAUAAAUGGUGGAGGCGAUAGUGGAGUUUGACUACAAAGCUCAACAUGAUGAUGAGCUGACAAUCACUGUAGGUGACAUCAUCACCAAUAUCAAGAAAGAUGAUGGAGGCUGGUGGGAAGGACAGCUCAAAGGCAGAAGAGGUUUGUUCCCUGACAACUUUGUAAGAGAGAUAAAGAAGGACAUGAAGAAAGAAAACACUGCCAACAAACCACCAGAGAAGCCUAUAAAUGAAGUUUCCAAUGGAAGCCCUUUACUGUUGUCUGAGACAAUUAUUAGAACCAACAAAAAAGGAGAGAGAAACAGAAGAAGAAGAUGUCAGGUGGCUUUCAGUUACAUGCCUCAAAAUGAAGAUGAGCUGGAAUUAAAAGUCGGUGACAUCAUUGAAGUUGUGGGAGAGGUGGAAGAGGGCUGGUGGGAAGGUAUCCUCAAUGGAAAAACUGGCAUGUUUCCUUCCAACUUCAUAAAGGAACUCUCUGAUUCUGAUGAUGCUGGAAUAGCACAGGAAGAGCAAGUAAAGCCAAGAAAAUCUGCCUUUGAAGGGACAAUUCUGUACAGAGUGGCGCCGGCAAAGAUUGGCAGCUACAGACGCUAUAACAGCCUGAAAGAUGCUACAGGCUCGGAGAGCGAUGGUGGCGACUCUUGCAGCACAAAAUCAGAAGGAGCCAAUGGAGGCACGACAAUCCAACCCAAAAAGGUCAAAGGUGUUGGCUUUGGAGAUAUCUUCAAAGACAAACCUAUAAAGCUACGACCAAGGUCAAUAGAAGUUGAAAAUGACUUUCUCCCAGUAGAUAAGAGUGUUGGGAAGAAAUUACCUCCAGCCACAGCAACUCAGGAGCCAACAAAAGCAGAAGUGGACAGCAGAACAAAAAGCAAGGAGUAUUGCAAAGUGAUAUUUCCAUACGAAGCACAGAACGAUGAUGAACUCACGAUCCGAGAAGGUGAUGUCGUCACGCUUAUCAGUAAGGAUUGCAUUGAUGUGGGGUGGUGGGAAGGAGAACUCAAUGGCAGACGAGGUGUGUUUCCAGACAACUUUGUCAAGCUUCUUCCACCUGACUUUGAAAAAGAGAGACCCAAGAAACCACCACCUCCCUCAGCUCCUGUCAUCAAGCAAGGAUCAGCUACCACAGAGCGAAAGCACGAGAUCAAGAAGGUACCCCCUGAAAGGCCAGAAUGUCUUCCUAACCGGACAGAAGAGAAAGAAAGAUCAGAGAGAGAGCAAAAACAGUUAGACCUGCAGAAGCCUUCAGUUCCUGCUAUACCUCCCAAGAAACCUCGGCCACCCAAAGCAAACUCUGGGACCAGACCAGGUACCUUGCCCCCGAGACGACCAGAAAGACCAGUUGUGCCUGUGACUCACACAAGGAGUGAGAGUCCAAAAGUGGAAUUAGUGGGCAGUACGGUAUCCGGCGCUCUGGAGAAAGACUCCUCUGAAAGAAGCAAUGACAUCGACUUGGAAGGUUUUGACUCUGUAGUACCAAUUGCUGAGAAGCUUAAUCAUCCAACUACAACCAGACCAAAAGCCACUGGCAGGCGACCACCCUCCCAGUCUUUCACGUCUUCAUCCCCUUCUAGCCCUGACUUCUUUGACUCACCGAGUCCUGAAGAUGAGAAGGAGGAACACCUUUCUGUUACUCACAAAGCUAUUGAAGCAUCAAGGAAACCAAGAACUGUUACAAUAUCACAAGUGUCUGAUAAUAAAACUUCCUUGCCUACAAAACCAGGAGGUUUGGCUAGUGGCAGUAAUGUGCAGCCAUCGCUGUCCCCCUCACCGUCACCUGGAUUUCACUCAAUUGCUAUGGGAACAACAGGCCACAGGUCAAACUCCCCAUCCCUGUUUGGUACUGAAGGAAAGCCAAAGACUGAGCACUUGAUCCAAGGUCAGACUGCCCUGGAGGAGCUGAGAACACAAAUUAAGGAGCUAAGAACCAUCAUUGAAACCAUGAAAGACCAGCAAAAAAAAGAGAUCAAACAGCUGCUGUCUGAGCUGGAUGAAGAGAAGAAGAUCCGUCUACGAUUGCAGAUGGAAGUGAAUGACAUAAAGAAAGCUCUUCAAUCAAAGUGAACACUUGCAAGGUGGAAUGUUGCAUUAUUCUCCGUGACUGAGACUCGAAAUUUAUGCCCCAGCCAAAACAACUUUGUGCCAAAUGAUUUAACAAUUGCCUCAAGGUCCCUUUUUCUCUGAAGGAUUAGCACAACAGUCUGUUUCUUUCUUUUCUUGGGUUUUUUUUGAUAGCACAACAAAAAUACCACCACCAAGGACAAAAUUUCCACCUAAAGCAGUGCUGUGCAGCACUGGGUUGUGACUGAAAUCAAUCUUCUUGUGCUAAAGGCUUCUCUACUUCAAGCUCCUAGGUGAAAUGAAAUGAAAACUCAGGCAGUUUAGUCCAUAGUGGUACUAUUUUGAUGAUAUUUUUCCAUGAAUAAAGUGUAUUUCAGAUUCUCUGUUUACAGGCUUUUAUGAUUUUGACUUUUUGAUUUUGUUGGGGUUUGGGUUUUUUUUUUAAUUGUCUUUUGUCACCAGGUUUUCAACUCUUUGUACUGCAUUAUAGCCAGGAAUGAAUGUUAAUGUUGGGGGCUGGAGGGGUUUAUUUUUGCUUCCAGAUAGAACAGCCUACAUCUUUUUGUUGUAGUUAAGGUUUUAAGUUCUGUUAAAUAUGCAAUUUUAUGUGUGUGUGUCCCCCCCCAACC